AUGCACCUUCAGGUUCGCAGACGUUUAGAAGAUCUCCCACCAAUUUCUACACGCGACCACUUACUCGCACACUACUCGAUUUCUCCAACUCAGAAUACCCAUGAGCAGGCGGCCAUUUCAUGUCAAGUAGUGACUCCGACCUAUCCUCAUGCGCUGCGCGAGAAGCUCAUGACCCCGAGAAAAACGAUCUCAGAGCGGGAGCAAAAUCUGGUCGACAUGGCGAGCUUGGAGCCAGUAUGGGCCGGUCGCAAUUCUGGCAAUGACACUAGGAAUAGUGACGGGCCAUCUUCGAGUGAGGACGGUGGCUACAACGGCGAGGGAGGUGUGAAGAUUGGAGGGGUGGUUUCAUCUGCCGACGGGCGGAGGUUGAACAUGGUGAGAACCGAGAUUCCCAGCUCGACGCAAGGCAGCGAAAGUCAGAUUUACAGUCAACAACGUGUGGACGACCAUGAUGCGCCGCCUUCUAGUCAACCACAACCGGUGAGCUCUGAAGGAGAAGACGAGGACGACCAAGAUGCCACGAUGGGUGCAGACGCGGAGCCCGGGUUUAUCGACUUCAAGACGCCGUUCCUGGCAGCGCUCCUUCCGCAGAACUCUCCUAGGACUCAGCACGAUCUCCUGCAAAUCAAGACCAGUGUUCAAGACUUCGCAGAGGAGCACCCUUUCUGGACACAGUCCAUCCUUGUGGAGGAAGAGGCAGUUGAGUUCGAGAAGGAUGUUUUCGAGUUUGCGAAGGCAGCGGGACUUACGGUUAAUCUGGCGAAGGUGGAGGUCAUGCGUGCUAUGGGGAAGUGGAAGGCUGCCAAGGGGGUGCGGAUUGGUGAGCGAGAGGAUAGCGGGAGCGUUGGGCUUGGGCUUGGGUUUGGGCUCCUAGUAAACAGCAUCGAGAGAGGCGACGAAGCUGGAGUCGAGAGGGGUAGUGGGAACAAGCGGAAGAGAGGCGGGAAAGUUGCUGAGCGGGUUGGUGAGCUUGUGGAUGCGGGAGUUGCACAGCCGAGCACAAAGAGACAGAAGAGGCGGAACAGGAAGAAGCGGAGUUCUGGACUGGCUGUCUCGGAGCCUAACAAUGGGCAAGAUGGUACCCCGACUCCGAAGACGAAAGUUUUCAAGGUCUCAGGGGAGGUGGCUACUUCAGAAUCGAAAGCGAAGGCUAUGAGCUCCAGGGCUGUGAAGGACGUGACGUCUGCAAAAGUGGCCAAGAUGGAGAAGCGGAGGCAAAAGAAGCUAAGGGCAAAGCAAGGCCCGAUCACUUCUUCUCACUUCCCUCCCAAGGUUUACUCAUUACCCAAUUCAACAACGCAAAUGGAGACGAAAACAGGAUCAAGUCUGGGCGCCAAAAAUGAUGGGAAAGACAAGGAGGUCUUGGAGAAUGACAUCGAUAAGAUUAAGGAAGCUGUUGUACCAAAUUCUGUCGCAGCAGGCGGUAAGAAGAGGCGCAAGAGGAAGAGAAAUAAGAACAGCCUUCCGGCCACCGAAGUUGAAGCCCAGUUGUCCAAAGUAGCAAGAGCUUUGGCACCCGCCGGCAAGUCGAAACAGCUUACCCCCGGCAAUGCUUCUCCUCCACGCACCAAGAAAAAGCGUGUCAGGAGUAGGCUCUCGAAGGUCGCGACAGCUACCAAAGCAAUCGAGGAAGAAUCAAGUGUUCCAGAGGCAACUGUUGAUGUCACCAAGUCUGUGGUCGAGCCAACUCAUGCUGAGCUACCGGCCGAACCCGAAGAGCAACCGCCGAAGAAAUCUCGUAAUAGGAGGAGAGGUUCGAGGUUGGAGGCUGAAAAACCCCCAGCGCCAAUCGCCACCGCUGCUGAAGCUGAACCGGACACUGUGCCCAUUCUGUCGGAGAAGCCUGCCAAGAAGAGAGCCCGGGACCGAGGCAGAAAGUCUCUCGGCAAGGCGGACGUCAAGACGGACAGUGCUGAAAAGCCUGACUUGCCUUUAGCUCCUGUGACUGAGCUUCCAGACGAGACCUUUAAGAAGGAGAAGAAGAGCAAGCGAGAUGAGUCACGCAAGCGCUCCAUUACCAUGCCGGAUAAUCAAGAAGGCCAGGCUUCUGCGGGUGGUGAAUCGCUCCUGGGCCAUCAGAGUAGUAUCGGCAUGGAUCUGCCGGAGAAUAAUAUUGUGUUUGAAAUUUGGGAGAAGACCAGAUCCGCAUCUGUUGCACCUUUGGCUGAGGAUGAUGGUGUCGCACUACUUUCUGAGAGCUGUGAGCAGCCAUCCGUCAGAGGUCAAUCUGUCCCCGCUGAGCCAACUGAUGACCACGAAUACCGUUAUUCCGCCACCGCAGGUCCUCAGUAUGAAGAUGAAGAGAAUGUCUCAGUUUGGAGUCAAACAAACUACGGCCCUUUGGAUUGGGACCACAGCGGAGACGAGUUCGAUAAGAUCGUUGUCAAGCCUAAGAUCACCAGAAGGAGCUCUAGCAUCUCCGCCAAUAAUAGAGCCAAAGUUCAAGCUACAUUUUCGAGAGCUUUCACGCCAAUGAAGCGAGAGCCUAGUAUGCUCUCGGUGAGCAAGCCAUCCUGCACCAAGCAGGAGCGUGGUGCUCAUGGCAGAUUCAUAUCCAAGGAUUCAUCACCAACAAUAAACAUGAAGCGGAGGCUCAAGGAGACCCAUCAGAUUCAUCCUGAGCCUGUUAAUUACGAAGUCCGGGACUCAUAUUCAACUGGUACUGCACCAGGCAAGACCACUCCAGCUAGACAGCGAGACGCGAACGGGAGAUUCGUGAAGGAGAAGCCUUGUCUAGAAAAGACAGCGAAGGACAGUUCUAUAGGGGUGGCUACAGAGCCUCUUACUUCUUCUAUUUCUGUGGUCAUUCCUGCAAAACCGAAAGUCAAAGCCCCUGCCAAAUCACCCUACUUUGUUCCACCUCCCAUUACACCUUCGCAGUUGCGAAACAAGAAGGCCACGCAGGAAGUAGACGGUGGAGUUGUUACUCCACAAGCCUCUACUUCUCAACCAGACGCCCUGGAAGAAAACGAAGACUACAAGCCCUCAUCCCAAGGGUCCGGAAGAAAACGUCCCCCGGUCUCAUGCAUACCAUUUCCACCUCUCUCUGCCCCUCAUUUCGGCUUGAUUCAAGAGAAGCUUGCUGACGACCCAUUUCGUCUGCUUAUCGCCGUAACGUUCUUGAUUCGGACCCACGGGAAACAUGCGAUCCCCGCCUUUUUUGAACUCAUCGAGAAGUACCCGACACCUGAAUCCCUCGCCACAGCCGACAAAGCCGAUAUUGUAUCCAUCAUCCGGCAUCUGGGUCUGCAAAAUCAGCGGGCCUCAACCUACCAAACGUACGCCCAAAUUUGGCUCAACGACCCUCCCCAGAAGCAUAAACGCUACCCAGUCCGCGGCUAUCCUACGCCUAGCUGCGGCAAGGACGUCACUAAAGGCGAGAUAAUCCCCGACGACGACAUUCGCUCAGCAUGGGAGAUUGGACACAUGACGUUUGGACCUUACGCCUUAGAUUCAUGGCGAAUCUUCUGCCGAGAUAAGUUGCGAGGUGUUGCGGAAGGCUGGAAUGGCGAGGGUGCCCAGGAAGAGGGAUUCCAGCCCGAGUGGAUGCGCGUUCUACCUGAAGACAAGGAAUUGAGGGCGUAUCUGCGAUGGAUGUGGUUGAAGGAGGGCUUCGAAUGGGAUCCUUUUACGGGGGAGAAGGAAGUUGCGGGGGAGGAACUGAUGAGGGCUGCGAUGGAGGGGAGAAUUGCCUGGGAUGACGAGGGCGGGAUGAGGGUGCUUGAGAAGGCCGUACAGUUUGAGGCUGGGCUGUCGCAGGUAGCAGAAUGA